GUAUUUGGUAAUGCCGUUCGGACUCACCAACGCACCGGCAACGUUCCAAGCCAAAAUGAACCACAUUCUACGACCACUUUUGGACGAGUGCGUGGUGGUGUACCUGGACGACAUCCUCAUCUACUCGCGUGACAUGCAACAGCACAUCCAACACCUGCGACGCAUCUUCGACAUUCUUCGACGAGAACGAUUCUAUGUCAAAUUAUCCAAGAGCGAAUUCGCCCUUGAGAAACCUGGAUUUCAUACCGGGCUACCAACUACCGCAAGCGGUCAUGACGCAAUCGUCGUCGUCAUCAACAAAUUCUCUAAGAUGGGACAAUUCAUCCCGACACACACGACAGCACGCACCGAAGAGACAUCACAACUAGUCGUUCACUACAUCAUCCCACAACAUGGCAUUCCAACCACACUCAUCUCCAACCAAGACCCCAAGUUCACCAGCAAGUUCUGGAAGGAACUGAUGUCUCUUCUCGGGACAAAACUUGCCAUGUCGUCCGCCUACCAUCCGCAGACAGAUGGACAGACCGAGCGCCUCAACCAAAUUGUAGAGCAACUCCUCCGCGCAGUAUGCAAAGACGAAAUCUCUAAAUGGGACUUGUAUCUGCCCAUCCUGGAGUUUGCCUACAACAACGCCACUCAUGCCACUACUGAACAGACGCCGUUCUUCCUCUGUUACAGAUGCCACCCGCUAAAGCCACAAAAACCGACAGCAUCAGCCACAGUCCAAGCCGCACACGACUUCAUCACGACCAUGCAUCAGCUUUGGGAUCGGACCCACAAGGGCCUCCUCGACAUUCAGCAACAACAGAAGCGUCAGGCCGAUCGCCACUGCACUAACCACACCAUCACCGUGGGAGACCAGGUUCUACUCGACACCCGCAAUCUCGACAUCAGUCAUCUCCCAUCCAAAAUACGACCUCGCUUCUGCGGGCCCUUUCUCGUCGAAGCACAGGCAUGAGCAGCGGGUACAGAUCCCACAAGGUCCACCCAUUUGUGUCGGGGAGUUAGGAGCAAAGCGCGUACUUCCAGAUAUGGACGAAAAAGCCAAGACAAGUCUCACGUGAUGAAUUGACUCUGUCGCAAGUGAGGCAUCAGAAUAGGGUUUAGGGUGAUGCGAGAGGAUAAUGACAAGGCAAGAGGCGAGCGGCUCUCGCUGGAGGAGAGGCGACGCGAUAGGAGAGGCUUUGCGGUAGGAGAGAGGGGACGCGAAGGAAUGUAGCGACUCGAUAAGAGAGAGGCCUCGCGGUAGGAUAGAGUGAGACGAGGCGAGGGGAGAGAUGUGAGCUGAGAGGAGAGAAGUAAGGCGUGAGGAGACAGACGACGCGGGAGGACAGAGGCGACGCAAGAGGAGAUGGGCGGAUCGAAAUUCGAGAGGCGACGCCAGAGGAAAUAGCGACACGUGGUGAGAAGAGAGAGUUUCGGGCUCCAGGACCAGCACAAUGGCGCAUCCCAGCAUAAACUCCCUCGGCUACGCUUUCUUUUGCGGAAUGCAACGACUGGGCCUUUGUGCUCAGAUUCCAUCCCAAAAGCAACUACAAAAGACUAUCACCGGCACAUGCAUGAUCUAGGCAAUGCAGCAAAGUGUAUUUUGAGCCAUCGGUCAAACCCAAUGACUUUCACUAGGUUAGUUGAGAAACUGUCAGGAGGCAUCCCGCCUUGCAAUAUCGGCAUGGAGGGAAAUGAGAGCCACAUCUUCUCCCACAACCCCCCACGCACAGUGCAUGUUUGUAGUAUUACACAUAGAAUGUAACAUGCUAUCAAAAUAUGAGUAGCAAAGCUCCGAGCUAGU